AUGGCGAGGCCGAACCAUCUCCGGCUCAUCUUCUUCCCGGUGUUUCUUGCAUUGAUCCAGGAGACCACGCAGCUCCAGCCUUCGCAGGUAUGGACUCUGAUCAAGAUCCAGCAGCUCCUGAACAGCCCUCCAAUGGUCAGCCACUGGCGCCGCAGCACCGACUUCUGCGGCGGCGCCAUGGGGCCUACGGGCACGGCCGCCGUCCUGUGCUACGGGAACACCGUGACGCAGCUCCACAUCGCAGGCGCCGCGGGCGCGCCGCCUCUGCCCCGGAACUUCUCCAUCGGGGCCGUCGUCACGACGCUGUCCAGGCUCCCCGACCUCAAGGUGCUCACGCUGUCCGGGCUCGGCCUCUGGGGCCCCCUGCCGGGCAAGCUCGGCCGGCUCGCCUCGCUAGAGAUCGUCAACAUGAGCGGCAACUACCUCUUCGGCGAGGUCCCGAGGGGCAUGUCGCGCCUCGUCGGCCUCCAGACGCUGGUCCUCGACGACAACAUGCUGGGCGGCGAGGUGCCCGCCUGGAUCGGCGCGCUGCCGUCGCUGGCCGUGCUGAGCCUGCGGAACAACACGUUCCAGGGCGCCGUGCCGGAGUCCCUCGGGAGCGCGCCAUCUCUGCGGUCGCUCGUGCUCGCGUCCAACAACCUAUCCGGGAACCUGCCGGACAUGAGCCGGCAGAGCAACCUCCAGGUGCUCGACGUCGGCGGCAACUCGCUCGGGCCGGCGUUCCCCAGGCUCGGGAGGAAGGUGGUCACCGUGGUGCUGAGCAGGAACAGGUUCGGCGGCGGCCUCCCGCCGGAGCUGGGCUCGUUCUACCUGCUGGAGCAUCUGGACGUGUCGUGGAACCGCUUCGUCGGGCCGUUCGCGCCGGCGCUGCUCUCCCUGCCGUCCAUCCGGUACCUGAACAUCGCCGGCAACAGGUUCACCGGGACUCUGUCCGACAAGGCGCCGUGCGGCGACAACCUCCGGUUCGUCGACCUGUCGCUGAACCUCCUCAUGGGGAGCGUGCCGACCUGCUUGAGGUCACCGGACAGGAAGCCGGACACGGUGGUGCUCGUGUCCACCAACUGCCUGGAUGACAGCGACGGUUCGCAACACCCGUCACCGUUCUGCCAGAACCAGGCCCUGGCCGUGGGGAUAGUGCCCGGCAAGGAGAAGAAGAAGAUCGCAAGCCAGGCAGGCUUCGUGGCCGGCAUUGUGAUGGCGAUCCUUGUCGCCAUUUCGGCUGUGGGUCUCAUCGUCUUCUUCGCUGUGAGGAGGGCAGCCAUGAAAGGUUCGGAGGCGAGGGCUCCCACAGUUUCGGAGGAAGAAAGUUCUUCGACUGGCUACCCUUCCAAGUUGCUCGCCGAUGCACGUAUGCUCUCGAGUUCUUGUGCACAAAUUAAAAUUGCUUCUUUGGCAUUUCAUUUUGAUGCUGCAGUCGCUAAUAACUUCAGUUUUUCUCUGACAGUGAAGCUGGGAGCCCUGGGGAUCCCAUCAUACAGAUCGUUCUCUUUGGUCGAGCUUGAAGCUGCAACCAAUAACUUUGAAAACUCUCAUCUGCUGGGACAAGACUCCCACGGCGAGAUGUACCGAGGAAGGUUAGGCAACGGCACGCCAGUGACGAUCAGGACUCUGAAGAUGAAGAGGAGCCGGACUACCCAGAGCAUCAACCGUCACAUCGAGACGAUCUCCAGGCUCAGGCAUCAGAACUUGGUCAGCGCUCUGGGACACUGCUUUGAGUACGAUCUCGAUGAGUCCACUGUGACCCAGCUGUACAUCGUGUUCGAGUACGUGCAGAAUGGGAACCUGAGGAGCAGGAUCUCGCAGGGGACUGAAGGGUGUAGGCUUACCUGGUCACAGAGGAUAUCGGCUGCCAUCGGUGUCGCCAAGGGUAUCCAGUUCCUGCACGGAGGGAUCAUACCUGGCCUAGUUGGAAACGAUCUGAGGAUCACGAACAUCCUUCUGGACCAGAACCAUGUCGCCAAGAUCGGCAGCUACAACAUCCCGAUCCUAGCAGAGGCCAUGAAAUCCGAGCAGGGAGGAGCUGGAAACAAGUUCCAAACUGAAAGUCGGAUGAAGAGCGAUAAGGCAGACAUCUUCGACUUCGGGGUGAUCUUACUUGAGGUUGUGUCUGGGAAGACCAUCACAUCCAUGUAUGAAGUGGAGAUACUGAAAGAACUGCUGGCAUGGGCGAUUGCCGACGAGGACCGGGUGAGGAGGAGGAGCUUCGCAGACCCCGUGGUGAGCAAAGGGUGCUCGGACGAAUCGCUGAGGACGGUCAUGGAGAUCUGCCAGAGGUGCCUGGCCAAGGAGGCGUCGCAGCGGCCCUCGGUGGAGGACGUGCUAUGGAACCUGCAGUUCGCCGCCCAGGUGCAGGACGACUGGGAGGUGGAUGCCUGGAGCAGCAGCGGAGGAAGCCCAGUGUCGUCAUCGUCCAGGGCCACCAGGUCGACCCGGCUACACUUGAGCAGAUGA